AUGACGGAAGCUUGGGUAACGUUAGCGACGUCAGAUGGAUAUGCUGUUGGAGCACUUGUCUUGGCUCAUUCUUUAAGAGCCUCAAAAACUACACGUAAAUUACACUGCAUGAUUACAAGUGGUGUAUCACAACCACUUAGAGAAGAAUUAGAACAAACAUUUGAUGCUGUAAAUUUGGUAAGUGUAAUGGACAGCGAAGAUACGACUAACUUAAAUUUGAUCAAUCGACCUGAUUUGGGAGUUACUUUUACUAAAAUACACUGUUGGAGAUUAACACAGUACAGUAAAUGUGUUUUUCUUGAUGCUGACUGUCUUGUUGUGCAAAAUUCCGACGAUUUAUUCGACCGAGAUGAAUUGUCAGCCGCAUCUGAUAUUGGUUGGCCAGAUUGCUUCAAUUCUGGAGUCUUCGUCUUCAAACCAUCGGAAGAAACUUAUAUCAAUAUGUUGCAUUUUGCAAUAGAACAUGGCUCUUUUGAUGGUGGUGAUCAGGGCUUAUUAAAUGAUUACUUCCAAGAUUGGCGUGAUAAACCUUCAUCGUUUCGACUACCAUUCAUUUACAACAUGACUGCAGGAGCAAUUUAUUCAUAUGCAGCUGCAUAUAAAAAGUAUGCAUCACAGAUCAGAGUGGUACACUUUUUGGGCGCAGUAAAACCAUGGCAUCAAUUAUCAGAUGAUGUGCAUCCAUCCGAACAUCUCAACUAUUGGUGGUCAUUAUAUAAAAGUCAAAUUGCGCCAAAACUUGGAAUAUCACAUGUGAAACGUAUGCGAUCGUGGGAAGUAGGAAAUCCUGAUUAUCUGGGAGCUGAUGCCUUCGAGAAUAUUCAAAAAGCAAUCAAUAAAUCACUAAAGAUUUGCAACCCUAAUUUGCCACCCAAAGUUGUACCAUAA